UCGAACAAUUCGACAUUUCUGACACUUAAAAGCAAAACAAGGUGAGAGUUGGAGGGUUAUUUUUCAGGGAAACUCCUACAGAUUGUCGGGCAAGCACAUUAUUCUCAGCCUCGCAAAAGAAACACACAACAGAAUGGCGAACUUCUCAGUUCCCGGCACGUCUGGCAGUAGGCAGGAUUCAUUUGAUGACUUCUACGUAGAGGUAAAAGAAAUUGAAAAACGCGACUCAGUACUAACAUCUAAACAACAAAUUGAACGUUUACUCCGUCCCGGCUCGACAUAUUUCAACUUGAAUCCGUUCGAAGUGUUGCAAGUAGAACCUGAAACCCCCGUGGAUCAGAUAAAGAAAAAAUAUCGUUCCCUUUCGAUUUUAGUGCAUCCAGAUAAAAAUCAGGAUGAUAAGGAUCGUGCCCAGACUGCUUUUGAUAUUAUAACGCGAGCGUGGAAGACGCUUGAAAACGAAACGACUCGGAAGAAAUGUUUGGAUGUUUAUGAGGAGGCCAAGGAUAGAACCGAUCAUAUGAUUGCUGAAAAAAAGAAAAAGAUGAAAAAGGAAGGACGUCCCGAUGAAGUUAUACCGGAAGACGAUCCAGGCAAAUAUAAGCACGCAAUUUACGUUAUGGUUAUGAAAUUAUUCGCAGAUAUGGAAAGGCGCCGCCAGCAAUUAGAGCAACGUGACAUGGAAGAGCGAAAAAGGAAGCGAGAAGCAGAAAUCGACGAAGAGGAACGACGCAAGAAUGAGAAAGAAUGGCAAAAGAAUUUCGAAGAAUCCCGACAGAGCCGUGUGAACAGUUGGCAUGACUUCCAAGCAGGCAAAACGAAAAAGGCGAAAAAACAGAAAAAAGUCCAUGGCGGCUUUGUUCCGCCAAAACUGAAGCCUGAAAGCAGAUAAGGUUAUUUAAUGUUAAGCAAAUUUAAUGUGAAAAAGUAAAUAUCUUACCAUUGUCGUAUUAUACUUUAUGAAGUAUGGAUAUUUGUGGCAGAUGUUUUGGACGUCAAAAGUGAACCGUAGGCAGGAUACAGGCAAUAACAAUGAUUACAGUUCUUGAAGCAGAUGUAUAACUGGUGUUCCUAUUUUAAAAUACAAAUGUAGCAAAUCAGAUGUAUCGCUUGCCUAAAGAUAGGGCAAUUAAACAAUAGGUGUUGGCCGUAAAGUAAAUUCAUUGCAUAUUCAUUCGCGGAGACGGUGCCAAGUUCGACCAUAGUCCUUCUUAGUCUCUUGAGAACCCAGAAAUGUACUCGUAGGAAUGUCAGAGGGAAUAUUUCACCCAGAAACUGUUUAAGUAUAGAAGCAAUAGCUUUUAAUUAGCCAUUUAACAAGAAUUAGCUUCCUGGUUAGGUGAUUCGUGAAUUCCAAUCGAUAGCCUAGUGUGAGUGAAUCACUACUUUCCAUUGUAUUUCGUUCUUUGUAUUCACUUCUGACGAUCCUCUAGAAUCUUGAAAGUAAUUUUUUCAGUCAUUUUUUUGUUACACGGAUAACAAGACGAGGCCGACAACAAUCGACAAAUACAAACAUAUUUACGUUUUUUUUAUACACGUCACGUGCAUAUUUUGUAGAUUAAGAAACAAUAACAUUGUAACGACAUGAAGAUACAAAUUUUAUUUUAUAUUUUAAUU